UCCAACGUUUGAGAGGAGGGCGGGGUGUCGCUCCCUUUCGCUGAUGCAAGAGCCUAGCGCGGUGCUGUGAGAGGUAUCGGUAGGAGCUACGCUGACUCCGGGCCGUGAAGCCGACUGGUCUGACUUUUCAUCCCUGCCGAACCCGCUCGAACCACAGCCAUGUCCGGGGACGAGAUGAUUUUUGAUCCUACUAUGAGCAAAAAGAAAAAGAAGAAGAAGAAGCCUUUUAUGUUAGAUGAAGAAGGUGAUGCCCAGACAGAAGAAACCCAGCCCUCAGAGACAAAAGAAGUGGAGCCAGAACCAACUGAAGAAAAAGACGUGGACGCUGAUGAAGAAGACAGUAGGAAAAAAGAUGCUUCUGAUGACUUAGAUGACUUGAACUUCUUUAAUCAAAAGAAAAAGAAGAAAAAGACCAAAAAGAUAUUUGACAUUGAUGAAGCUGAAGAAGCUAUAAAGGAUGUUAAGAUUGAGAGUGAUGCUCAAGAGCCAGCCGAGCCAGAGGAUGACCUUGAUAUUAUGCUUGGCAACAAGAAGAAGAAAAAGAAGAAUGUGAAAUUCCCAGAAGAAGAUGAAAUACUAGAAAAAGAUGAAGCUUUAGAAGAUGAAGACAGCAAAAAAGAUGAUGGCAUUUCAUUCAGUAACCAAACUGGGCCUGCUUGGGCAGGCUCAGAAAGAGACUACACAUAUGAGGAGUUGCUGAACCGAGUGUUCAACAUCAUGAGAGAAAAGAAUCCAGAUAUGGUUGCUGGAGAGAAGAGGAAAUUUGUUAUGAAACCUCCACAGGUCGUCCGAGUAGGAACCAAGAAAACUUCUUUUGUCAAUUUUACAGAUAUCUGUAAACUAUUACAUCGUCAACCCAAGCAUCUCCUUGCAUUUUUAUUGGCAGAAUUGGGUACAAGUGGUUCUAUAGAUGGUAAUAACCAACUUGUAAUCAAAGGAAGAUUCCAACAGAAACAAAUAGAAAAUGUCUUGAGAAGAUACAUCAAGGAAUAUGUCACUUGUCACACAUGUCGGUCACCGGACACAAUCCUACAGAAGGACACCCGACUCUAUUUCUUACAAUGUGAAACUUGUCAUUCUCGAUGCUCUGUUGCCAGUAUCAAAACUGGCUUCCAGGCUGUCACAGGCAAGCGAGCACAGCUCCGUGCCAAAGCUAACUAAUUUGCUAAUCACCACUGAUUUUUCCAAAAUGUGUUGGAGAUUUGGCUGGACAGGUUACCAUCAGAGUGGAUGUACCAUUGAGUUAAAAACAAGAUAGAAAAACUGCCAAGUUCUUUGGCAAGUGAUUGUUCUGAAAUCCUUUCAAGAUACUGAUAUUCAAGCUGUUGACAUACUCGUUGCCUACUUUAACAACUGUCAGAGAAACGUGAUGGGGUAAGGAGGUACUUUUUAAAAUCGUUCAUAGACUUCUGUAAAAUGCAAGAUAAAUUAAAGUUAUUAUAACAGUAAUUCUUUCAA